AACAAGUAACAAAAUGUCCUUUCGUUACCAGGCCAGAAAAUAAUUUAAAAAAGAAACCUAUAUCAACCAAGCGUAAGGUUUUACCUGUGAUGACAUUUUUUUUAUUUACUUGUAUUUAUUAUAAUAUAAUUUAUAAACAUGCAUAAAAUAUAUUUGUUGAAUUUCAUAAAUAUCCGGUGAUAAUGUUAUAACGGAAAAUGUAUUUUAAGAUAGAUAUUUAGUGACUAAGAAUAAAUAUACGGAUGGCGAUAAACUUGUGUAGAAUAUGCCUGGAGAGUGGAGCAACAAUACCUCUGUUUGUAAACAAAAGUAAUAUUUUAACAAAACUUUCGUUUUGUGUAAAUGAAACAAUUACAGAUACAGAGGGAUAUCCUACAAAUAUAUGUUCUAGUUGUAAAGAUACAUUAUAUGAAGUGUAUAAGUUCAUUACAAAAUACAAAGAAACCCACAAUAUACUUAGGAGUAAAUUAUUAGUCAAACAGGAACAGUUUAACUACAGUCUUGAUAGUUGCGUUGGCAAAAUUGAACUUGAAAUUAAGCAUGAAAACUUUAAAAUUGAAAGUAGUGAUGAUGAGCCCCUUUGUGGUUUUAGAGAGAUAAAAAAAGAAUCGGAGAAUGAAAACAAAUCUAAAGGUAGAAUUGGACUGAAUAAAUUACAAAAAUCAUUUAAGAAAAAUCUUACUAGAACCAAUAACAUAGCUUCAUCAAUACUAGAGGGUGAAUUUGUCUGGAAUGGUGACACAUGGUGUUUAAAAUCCACUACUGCUGUGUCAACAUCAAAACAAAAGAGAACAUCAAAACUAAAACAGAAACAAAAAAAAGUUGAUAUAAAUUUACCAAAAGAAAAGGUUGAAAAAAUAAAAGUACCCGAACUAUGUGAUCUAUGUGGUGUAACAUUUACGAGCUUAGAUAAAUUAGCCAUACAUAAAAGGAAUAUUCACUUUAAGAAACCAAUAAAAUGUCCAGAAUGUCCACAAAUAUUAGCUUCAAAUUAUUAUUUAAAUAGACACAUAAGAAGGUGUCAUAAAAAGGAGGAUAACUUUAUAUGUGCUACAUGUGGUAGAGGUUUUACAUUUAGAGGAGAAAUGAUGACCCAUAUUAAAAAUGUGCACAAUAAACACUUAAAACCAAUGAAAACAUUUUCGUGUGAUCUCUGUGAUAAAGUAUUUAAGUGUCAGAAAUCUGUUACCAUUCACAUCAGAUCUGCUCACACAGGUCAACGGCCAGCAGUUUGUAGUGUAUGUGAUAGUAGAUUUUUCCAUGAAGAUUAUCUCAAAGAACACAUGCGUUUACAUACAGGUGAAACUCCAUUUAAGUGUCCUGUGUGUGGGCGAGGAUAUGCUCAACUUGGCAAUAUGAAAAGUCAUCUUAGGGUACAUAGAAAAUCAGAAGUUAAUCCUGAUUUACUUAGUAAAUUGAGACCUAAUUAUUUAAGACUAUUAAAGCCAUAAUUAUAAGGCAAUUGGAGGGGAUUUAACUAGAUAUAACAUUUGUAAAACUAAUGCAAUAAGUUUUAUUAUUUAAAUUUUUUUAAAUUAACUACAGCAAUAAUUAUAGUAUUAAAUAAUAAAUUUAUAUGAUCCUGUGUCAAAUAAUGUUGCUCAUGUGAUGGCAAAUAUAUAUUUUGGGUGUUUUUUCAGUUAAGGUUUAUAGGAUAGAAUAUAUAAAAAAUUGUCCAAAGGAAACGAUUUUAUGUUUUUAAAAAUAAAAGAUUAUAUUUUGUUUAA